AUGCUCACGCACGUGAUUCUAGUUGACCACUGCACGCACACACAGGGCUUUUUUCUCAACUUCGCCAGUGCACGCACGUGCACGCCUUCUUCCUCUUCCCUUCACUCUUCCCUUCACUCUUCCCUUCCCUUCCCUUCUUCCCUUCCCUCUUCCCUUCCCUCCCUUUCCCUCUUCCCUCUUCCCUUCCCUCUUCCCUCUUCCCUUCACUCUUCCCUUCCCUCUUCCCUCUUCCCUUCCCUCUUCCCUCUUCCCUUCCCUCUUCCCUCUUCCCUUCCCUCUUCCCUCUUCCCUUCCCUCUUCCCUUCCCUCUUCCCUCUUCCCUUCCCUCUUCCCUCUUCCCUUCCCUCUUCCCUUCCCUCUUCCCUUUCCUCUUCCCUCUUCCCUCUUCCCUUUCCUCUUCCCUCUUCCCUCUUCCCGCUUCCCAUUCCGUCUUAUCUCUUCGCCCUUUAA